UUUGUGACGUCUUGCGCAUGCGCUUUAAGUGGUAGCUGCGAGGUGGGAAAAUUCAUUCUAUGGAGGCUCUGCAAAACAUGAUUUUCAGAAAAAGUUUGUGACAUUACGGAGUAUAAAACCGGACAAACAUACUCUUCAGUUAACCAUUCAUCGCCAUCAGCCAGCGAUUAUCUACAAAGGAGCAGGCCCCAGCAUCGCUGUGUGUGGAGGCUGACAGCCCCUAGGUGGGCACAGAAUUACAACCCAACCCUCACUUUGAUUUUCUCUGGGGAAUCAGCAGCUGACCGGUUUGUGCAGCAUGAAGAUUGCGGUAGAAGGCUGUUGCCAUGGGGAGCUGGACAAGAUCUACGAGACAAUCGGCUACCUGGAGAAGAAGGAAGGAGUAAAAGUGGACCUGCUGCUUUGCUGUGGAGACUUCCAAGCAGUGCGAAAUGAAGGAGACAUGAAGUGCAUGGCAGUCCCAGCCAAGUACAGAACGAUGCAGACCUUUUACAAAUACUAUUCUGGAGAGAAGAAGGCUCCAGUCCUGACCAUCUUCAUCGGAGGGAACCAUGAGGCUUCCAACCACCUGCAGGAGCUGCCUUAUGGAGGCUGGGUGGCACCCAACAUUUAUUAUCUGGGUUAUGCCGGCAUUGUUCGCUACAAAGGGAUUCGAAUUGGUGGCUUAUCUGGGAUCUUCAAAUCACGAGACUACAGAAGGGGUCACCAUGAAUUCCCUCCAUACAACCCGGAUACACUGCGAAGUGUAUACCACAUCCGAAAUAUUGAGGUUUUCAAAUUGAAGCAGAUCCAGAUGCCCAUAGACAUUUUCAUGAGCCAUGACUGGCCUCGUGGAAUCUACCACUACGGAAGUACGGGGGAAUUGUUGCGGAAGAAGAAGUUUCUGCGUCAGGAAGUGGAGUCCAACACGCUGGGAAGUCCUGCUGCUGAGGAGCUCCUAUCUCACAUCCAGCCCAGCUACUGGUUCUCUGCACAUCUUCAUGUGAAAUUCGCCGCGGUUAUGCAACAUCCGCCUAAAGCUACUGCUGCCCCGCGUGUGACCAAAUUCCUGUCCCUGGAUAAAUGUCUGCCCUACAGGGAAUUCUUACAGAUUGUGGAUGUUCCAGAAAGACCGGGUUCAUCUGAGGGUCUUGAGUAUGAUCCAGAGUGGCUCGCUAUUUUGAAGGCCACCAACAGUCUGCAAAGGACCACCCCUCACCCCUGGAACCCCCCAGAGAAUAAUGGCCUGCACGAACGGUGGGACUUCAGACCUUCAGAAGCAGCCAUGAUGAAGGUGGUGGAGGAUCUGAGCGGCGAUCUCGCCAUUCCAGACAACUUUAGCCGGACCGUGCCCGCCUAUGACCCCAACAAGCCUCAGCCCCACGUCACUCCCAGCUGCCACGCCAACCCACAGACCACCGAGCUCUGCGCCACGUUCGGUCUCACGGACCUCUACGCCUACGCGGGGCAGGGAGGCGGCGAUUUGGGGAGAAUUCAGGGCAGUACCGGAGGGGAGGAGGACGACGACGAAGACGGCCAUAGCGUAGGAAGUGCGGACGAACCCAGCGAGUACCCGACCGACACCUCGGGAUUGUCGAGUUCAUUUAAUCCCGACGAGAUCACAAUAGAGGACGAGUGGGAGGAAGAGGAGGGAGAGGGGGAGGGGGAGGUGCAGGGCAACUCAAAAGCAGCGGUGAAGGGAGAUCAGCUCCCUGCUGCACCCGUAGGUGAAGCCCACACCCCGAGCCGGAUGGUUCUGCCCGCGCCCAAAUCUGACACCUCACCCCCCACCCUUAUGUCCCACCUGAUGAACCUGCCGCCCCCCCUCCACUCGACCCCGGCCGUAGCCCGCUCUCACGCGGAAGCAGAACGGAGACAACGCUGCGAGGACGACGAUGAAGACGAAGAUGCCUCCUCAGCUGUACGUAUCCUAAAACGUAGCAGCGGCGAGGCCGAGGCUCCCGACAGUAAAAGCACAACCCCCCGCAUCAAACGCCGAAACCAGGUGAUCUAUACGGCAGCGGAGGAUGACGAGAGCGAAGAUUAGAGGUCAGGGUGAGAUGAGGCAAAAAAGGUGAGGACUCAUUCCAGACCAAUAGAUACAGAGCGUACAAUUCUCCGUUAGUUUUAUUGAUUUGUAAAACCUUGUAUUAAUUUAUGUAAUUGUUUUAUACAGCUACUGACUUGACAAAGCAGAGGUAUGGCUUUUUAAAAAAAAUAUCCUAAAAGCAGUCUGUACACGACAAAAGAGGGGUAGUUCCUACGCAACAACGAUUCUAGCCAUGGAAAUGUCUGUCCUCUUUGUUCAAAUAUAAUUUGUAUAUAUUUUAAUUAAACCAAGGGAAUUUAGGUUUUUUCUGUUGUAUUAUCUUUUGUUUUUGUACAUGUCAUUUUGAGACAAUGAGUAAAGUUGCUGAACAAUUAAAAUACCCUUUUUGUUUUUAAAUGAAUUAAAAGGACACUUUGA